AUGGCUUGUAAGGUGGAAGCUUGUCCGGAGUGCACCCAGAAAUGUUUACUGGUUCAUGGGAAGAAGAAAAACUUAUCACCUCUAGUCACCUCUUUUUUCAAAGUCAUGAUUGGUGAUCGGUUUUCACAAGUCUUGUUUUUGCCUCCUAAAUUUGCUGCUACAGUGUCAUCAUUGGUUAAUCAGAAAACGUUUCUUGAGGACUCAAGUGGGCAGCAAUGGGGAGUAACAAUAUCCAAUCUUAAUGGCUCUCUCGCUUUUGAACAAGGAUGGAGUUCCUUUUCAUCAGACCAUGGCUUACAAGUUGGAGAUUUUGUGAUUUUCAAUUACAUUAUGGGAUCACACUUUGAUGUUAAGAUUUUUGAUACAACUGGGUGUGAAAAAAUAGAUUUUCCUGAGAACAGCAAUGCCAAGAAAAGAGCUAGGCUUAAUUGGACUUGUACUGCCAAACAUGGCAAACGCCACACAAUUGGUGAAGGUUCAAUGAGUAAAUACAGUUCAAGCAUCUCCAUUGGAUCUGUGUCAGAUGUAGAAAUUAGUCAAAGCCAAUGUGAGGGAAAUGAUGUGGAACUAAUACUAAAAGCCCCUGAAAAUAUUUUGAAUAGUGAGAAGAGCAAGGAAAGGGCCAAACCUGUGUCCAAAGCAGAAUACAUUGAAGAGCCAUAUUACAUUAUUGAUCGAGACUUUAGAGACAAACAAGGAAAUGACAGGAGCUCUGUACUUGACUUGUUUAGCUUUGAAACAAUUAAUGAUGUUACAAAUAAAGCUGCAGUUGAAGAUGCAAGAUUCCCUAGUCAUACUGAAGCACCAAUGAGGUCUCAAAUCGAAACCUGCUUAGUUGUCAAAGAUCCAGUGAAAAGGGGGGGAGUGAGUAGAGUCGCACCUGCAGAUGCACCAGACUUUGAAACGAUUGAGAAGAAGGCAUCCCUUUUGGAUAAAAUAUCUUGUGAUGACAAGACAUCUUGGCAUCUCUUGACCAAAUUGGCUGUGAGACUUGAAGAAAAUGAAGAGAACAUGUCUAACAUAUCAAAUAGAGGAAUUACAAGGUGCCCGAUUGCCGAGGGAUCAGGCGCUGCAGUAUCAAGUAAAAUAAUUAAAGAAGAGCAAGUGGGGAUAACUCCAGAUUUAUGCAGUCAUAAGAAGAUAAUUCAAGAAAUAUGUGGGAAUGAGUCAAAUGUGAUUAAGGAGGAGCAUAAUCAGAGUUCUUAUAUGAUUGUAAGAGAUAAAGAUAUUGUUCCUGGAGGGGUGAAAGUUGAACCUAUCGUCUUAGUUUCCUCGCCAAUUAGAGUGGUGGCCACAGAAAGUCAAUCUUUUCUUGAGUUGCCUGCAUGUUUGCCAUCUUCUUACCAGGGAAGAGCAAAACUGCAAAGGAGGGUUGUUCUCCUGCGAGAUCCAGCUAUGAGAUUGUGGCCGGUACUCUACCAUGAGAGGUCUUGUUUCAGAGUUUUGACAAAUGGUUGGGAAGCUUUUAGCAAGGCAAAUGGCAUUCAACCUGGAGACGAGUGUGUUUUUGGGGUUGAGAGUGACUCGGAGGGUAUAUAUGGUGUCCAUAUCGCCCGAAGGUAAACAAAACUAGACUUGCUUCAAGCCUCAUAUUUUGUAUAUAUAAAUAGACCAGAAUCAUGUGAAGAACUCUUGGAAUUGUAAUCCAAUACCUAUGGACCUAUUUUUUUU